CUCUCUUUGCUUACCACUUCCGAGACAAAUAGAGAAUUCUUGUAAAAGCUUUUACCUUUUAGAGGAAAGAACAGUGCAGAUCUUAGAAGGAUCCGAAGACCCGUCACGAAAAUAAACCAAUUAACUAUAACCAAGUCAAAGUCUUAUUUUUACCCACAAGACAAAAAGUUGAAUUCCAUAACCCCUUUUUAUUUCUAUCUUCUCUCUUCUGUCUUUAGAAGAAGUCUCCAGCUUCAUUUGACUUAAACUGUCCCAGCUGUUUUGCUUGUCUUCAUGCUCGUCUGUUUUGUGGCUUCUCUGAGAUGACUCACGUGUUAGUACAAAGAGAGGGACAGGGAAAGAAAAGUAGAAGAUGGGACAUGACAUUCAUAUAUUUCUUCUUCUUCUUGGUUGUCAUAUUUCAAAUAGGCUUGUCCUCAUCAUCAGCUUCUGUUGAUUCUCGUCGCCAUUUUUUGGUCUCGUCGCCGCCGAGAAAGACUAUGGUGUACGCAACGGCGCCGUUUCGUGGGGCGUUGAAAAGCGAAGAUAACAUUUAUGGAGACGACAAGAGAGUAGUUCACACGGGUCCCAAUCCUCUCCACAACUAACUUUUACGUGUUGCUAUUAUUAUUAUCCAUCACCCUCCACACCCAACCUACGAAGACUACAAGCAAGACGCAAACGCUAGACGCUGAUCACGACCCAAAGGUGGGUUAAUGGGAAGAAGGCACAAUAGAGAUGUGGUCAAAGAAUGAGGUGCUACCAGGUGGAGGAGAAAGACAUGGUCCGUGACAGAAGAAGACUUGUGUUGUCUUGUCUCGAAGACUUGUGUUGUCUCUUUGCCCGUG